UUAAGAUGGCCUCCCCUUAAGAUUGUUCACCCCAGCAUGACCCGCCUCUUCCAGUGUCAGAGUCGCAUCAGAAGAGUGCUUCUGGAGUUAUAAUUAAGUUAAUAAUAACAAUUGAAAUUUUUUUUUUUUUAAAAACGAGCAGGAAUGACAGCACUGCAAACUUGAGAUUGGACAUUCCCUCCCACAGGUGCACAACCUCUUGUUUUUGUGCUUGUGCUGUCGCUGAAGUCAGCAAUGUCAGGCUCAUUGACAGCAGAGCAGCAGCAGAAGAUUGAGGAGAACCGUCUGCGAGCUCUGGCCAGGAGAGCAGAGCGGCUUGCUGCCCAACAGCAAGGGGCACAGGCAGGACGGGCCAAUCCCCCUGCCCUUCUUCAGAGCACCGCUCCAGUCCAAACUCCAGCUUCAUUCCCAGCCACCAGACCUCAGCCACCCAAACCGGCCUCUGCACACCCUAGCCCAGGGGUGGCCCAGUCCCAGCUCUCCCAUCCCACAAGGCUCUUUGUGCAGAGCAGCAAUAACCACAAUCCAGCAGGGGGCUACUUCGCCUUGGGACGAGCGCAGGAAAAUACCAAUGGACAGCAAAAGCUGGGGUCUUGGCACAGCAGAGGACAAGCUUCUGCACACCUUCCAGUUCAGAACCAGCCUUCCCAUAUGCAAGGUAGAGCCGCCCAGGGUUUCAGUGUUCAGCAGAAAGCAGAUUUCCCCUCCUCGUCUGGCUCAGGAAUUAAACCCACAGAAACAAAGGCUGAGACUGGGAAGGCAUGUUCGGGAGCCCCUGCCUCAUCAGCCAGCAGAUUUUACAGUACAGGGGUGAAAUCACCCAGCAGCGGCCCCAGCUCGGAAAGGCCCCCUCCUCCUGGCAUGAAAGACAGCGGCCAGGCGGGCACCGCACUGGGAAAGACAGCAGUGAGCUUGGUGAAGGGGAAGUGUGUGAUGCACACAGAGGACCGAUUCAGAAUAGAGGUCAGCUACAAAGCCGAUCUCAUUGCUUUGUUUAAAAGCAUGCCCAACAGGAACUACGAUCCUGCCACCAAAAUGUGGAAUUUCCGUCUGGAGGACUACAGCCAGUUGAUGGAGGAGGUGCAGAGGAUUCCCUCAGUGACCCUAAAGCCGCUGGAAGGAAUGGAGAAUCUGGACCUGGCUGCAGCGACGGCUGUCUCUGCUAAAAGUGCCCCUCUGGGUGCCCUGUUGAAGCUGUGUGCCAAUUGGCAGAAGCCCAGCGCCACCACACAGGGCCGCUGUGUGCUGGUGUCACGAUCGCGCUUCGAGGUAGAGGUGGGCUUCCAGGCUGAUGUCAUCGAGGCAUUCAAACAGAUCAGCUCCAAGAACUAUGACAUGAAGACCAGGAAGUGGAGCUUUCUGCUUGAGGAUUACAAGGGGCUAAUGGAGGUGCUGUGUAGGAUACCCUCAGUGGAGGUUGAGCCGCUCCCUCGCGCUGUGGUGCAGGCCUUUGCCACCCAGUUCUGCCAGACCCAACCCAACAAGCCUGAGAUCCCAGAGGCAGACCUCUCCAGCGUCGACCCCAUGCUGCAAAAUGGCCUCAUGCAGUUCCAGAGAGAGGGAGUCAACUUUGCCGUGUCGCGGGAAGGCCGGCUGCUCCUGGCUGAUGAUAUGGGCCUGGGGAAGACGGUCCAGGCAAUCUGCAUAGCAGCGUACUAUAGGAAGGACUGGCCCCUGCUGGUGGUAACACCCUCUUCAGUCAGGUUCACCUGGGCUGAGGCAUUUCAGAGGUGGAUGCCCUCUGUGAAGGCUGACAGCAUAAAUGUUGUUGUCAAAAGCAAAGACAGUCUCACCUUGGGAAUCAUCAACAUCAUCAGUUAUGACCUCCUCAGUAAGAUGGACAAGCAGCUGCUGGGGACCUCCUUUAAAGUCAUGAUCAUGGAUGAAUCUCACUUUCUGAAGAACACAAAGACAGCACGAUGUAAAGCUGCAAUGCCUCUACUUAAGGUUGCAAAGAGGGUGAUCCUUCUCUCAGGGACUCCAGCCAUGUCCAGACCUGCAGAGCUCUACUCCCAAAUAGCUAUGGUCCGGCCCUCCUUCUUCCCGCGCUUCCAUGAAUUUGGGGUGCGCUACUGUGAUGCCAAACAGUUGCCCUGGGGCUGGGAUUACUCUGGCUCCUCGAACCUGUCCGAGCUCAGGCUGCUGUUGGAGGAGUCUUUGAUGCUGCGCCGCCUCAAGUCUGAUGUGCUGUCCCAGCUGCCAGCCAAGCAGCGCAAGGUCGUGACGGUGGCGCCCGACGGGAUCAACGCCAAGACCAAGGCAGCGCUGGCCGCAGCUGCCAAGGACAUGGCCAAGGGGCACAGAAAUAAGCAACAGGAGAAGGAAGCACUCCUGGUCUUCUACAACCAAACAGCAGAGGCUAAAGUUCGGGCAAUCAUGGAGUACAUAAUGGACUUGCUGGAAAGUGGGAAGGAGAAGUUUUUGGUGUUUGCUCACCACAAGCUUGUCCUGGACAGCAUAACCAAGGAGCUGGGGGAGAAGGGGAUGAGUUAUAUCCGGAUUGACGGCUCCACCCCCUCAGCUGAUCGGCAGGCCCUCUGCCAGCAGUUCCAGUUCUCAGAAAAGAGCUGCGUGGCGGUUCUCUCCAUCACUGCAGCAAACAUGGGGCUGACUCUGUCUUCUGCCGACUUGGUGGUAUUCGCUGAGCUCUUCUGGAAUCCAGGGGUUCUGAUCCAAGCAGAAGAUCGCGUCCAUCGAAUUGGCCAGACCAGCAGUGUCAACAUUCACUACCUUGUGGCUAAAGGGACGGCGGACGACUACCUCUGGCCCAUGAUCCAAGAGAAGAUGAACGUCCUGGAGCAAGCCGGUCUGUCAGAAACCAAUAUCUUAGAGAAUGCAGAGUCUGCCAGCUUCUACUGUAAGGAUCCAAAGCAGAGGACAGUCCUGGACAUGUUUCAGAGUUCCUUUGCAACAGAAGGGGAUGAUUUAGACGAGGCCAUGCUCCUGGAAGCAGCCAGUGCAUGGGAGGAUCCCAACACAGGACUUGCUUUUCAAGACAGUGGAAGCAAUUAUUUAGAAAGCCCUAGCAAGAAGAGAUGCAUUGAAGACUAUUUCGGCAAACAAUAAUUUCAUUGAAACAAAUCUAUAAAUGUUUACAUUAAUGUAUAUAGAAUUCAUGUUAUGUGUACAUAAAAACGUGUUGUGUAGUUGUUGGUUUGCUUUUUUUGUUUAGAAAAUGUAAUAAAAUAAGACUAGGUAUAUUUUCUAGUUUCUUUGUCUAUUAUAUUUUUGAAACUACCUGUGAGCAACCAGUUUUUAAAUGGAAAAUCUAACAGGUUAUCGAUGCGUUGAUAACACUAUUGUUCAAAAGCAUGAAUAUAUAUAAUGACACACACAUAUAUACAGGCAGUGCAAUGCAUGGCUCAGUGUUUUGCCCCACCCCCAAAAAAACAACGAAACAUAUUCACAGCACAGAUAUUGCACAGUAGUUAAAAACCGUGGUUGCCUGUCACACUUGUUUUUAAAACAAAAUCUUUAAAAGUACUAGAACUUUAAAAGGUACAUAUUUAUAUUUGAAAGGCCAUUUUUAAGGGAGUUAAAAUUUAAAUGUGCCACUGAUUUAAAAAAAAAAAAAGUAUAAAUGACAGAAGACCAGUGUAAAGUAAACGGUUUUGAAAACGUAUAUAUGUUUUAUUAAAUUCUGCAAGGCCCAAAAGGUCAAUAAUUAAAUCUAGUCUGUUUUGCAUUACAAAUCAGAUAUGGACACUGCACAAUAUCCAAUAUAAAUAAAGUUCAAAUUACCGACGUAGUGCAGGGGCGUCUAUUUUCUUUUAAGCGUGACGUAACAGAAUUAUAUUUUCAGUUGGAGGGCAGACUGAUCAAAAAGUAAGCGAUGCUUUUGUCAAAUUAUUAUUUCUGUUAGGACUUUAUGUUGGCCCGUUUAAUUCAUAUCUAUGUGAUGUAAGAAAUAUCCCUCGUUAUUGUUUUCAAAGUUGUUUACGAGAGGUACUUAACAGAUAAAUUGUAUUUUUGUGUAAUGUUACGCGUUUCACGUAACAAUAUAAAACCGUUAGGACAAGUUGACAGUUGAACGCAACUGUACAAAUUAUUAUGGCACUGUUUAUUUGGAAUCGUAAUAAUGGAAUUUAUUCGGUUUUAUAGGUGACGCAGGAUGAAGGUUGAACUACGGUGAGCGAACAGCGGUUUACAAUAAAGCACUUUCACACCUAGUUCGUUGGAUGCGGAUUGAAGUGCGGUUUGGUUUGCUUGGAGUGAUUUGUGAAACCUGAGAACCACGUAAUCGCACCAGGAUGCGCAUCAAACCAGCUGAACCGAGAUCACUUGAAAUCGUGGUCUCGGUUCGCUUGGAAGGGGACUUGACACUUUGCUCCGUUUCAGUUUUUUGCAAUGUGUAGCAAAACUUAUUCCAGUUAACUUGGCAACGCUCCAAACAGCAAAGCAAAUAGUGCAAGCGACGUAUUUUAGCAAGCACCAAGUGGGUGCGUUCACAGAG